AAAAAUUGUAUUGUUUCAAGAUACAAAGACUUGACUCAACUUUACAAAACACAUUUGGGAUUUGGAGCUAGAUCAGUGGGUUAAUUAUUUUAAAUCAUGUGGUUAUGGUCCAAGACUUUGCAGUGGAAUCCCGUUUUAUAUAUAUAACAGUCAGUGAGACUUACACCAGACAGAAACUUGACAAGCAAGUGAGAUGAAAAAUUUCUAUCUUGGGUUGAAUAUGGCGUGUGCUUCCACAGUUGAAUUGAGAAGUCGGUGUGAAGGGGAGACUUCUGACUGAUUCUAAAAGUGACAACAAGUAGGCUAUUGGUAUUAUGAAUACUUUGAUAUACCCAGAGAAUGUAAGAAUGUGCAAUGGUUUAUUUCUCUUUCUGUAUGAGCAGGUAGGGCAUUGAACAGAUUUAUGUACCAUUCUGGUCCCAAUAGCUCUUAAUCUUCAGUCAAAUUUAAUUUUCUGAGAACUCCCAGAUUCACAGCUUUGAGCAACACGAUCCAUGUGCUUUGAAACCAUUUGAUGUGGAAUCUCCUGGAAAAGCAGCUUUGUUCUGAAUGUUUGUGAGCUCAUUUAUAGCCUUCAGCAAAAUGAUUCCUAUUUAUAGUUAGGAAGUUAUUUCAGCAUGAAGCUGAAGUAGCAUAACUGGAAGCCUUCCAAGCAAUGACUUUGUGAAGCCCUCGAGAACCUAUUCCACACCAGGCCUCCCACCACCUGUCACCAUGAUGCAGCCUUUUCUUUAGGAACACUGAAGGAACACAACUGAAAUCACGUUUUCACGUGAUGUUUUGGGUCCUCCAGUGCACUCCAGCUCAACCCCUGCAGGAACCUGAAAUUUCCAGCCAUCGCAGCACUGAUGGGCAGCUGGGAAAAGUUUAACAGUUUUUUUGGAGCGGAGCGUGAUAAAGACUUCCUGCCGGCCUGGCGGCACCACAGAGAGUUUCGCUUUGACCUGUCGCGGAUCCCGGAGGGAGAGGCCAUCACGGCUGCGGAGUUCCGCAUCUACAAGGACGCCGUCCAGGAGCGUUCUGAGAACGCGACCUUCCGCAUCAACGUCUACCAGGUGCUGCAGGAGCACCCUGACAGGGAAUCAGAUCUCUUCCUGCUAGACACGCAGGUGCUCUGGGCAGCGGAGGAGGGCUGGUUGGUGUUUGACAUCACUGCAACCAGUAACCACUGGGUUCUGAACCCAGCUGGGAAUCUGGGCCUGCAGCUGGUACUGGAAGGCUUUGAUGGUCAGAGUGUGAAUCCCACGAUGGCUGGCCUGAUUGGCCACAGCGGGCCUCAGAGCAAGCAGCCCUUCAUGGUGGCCUUUUUCAAGGCCGCUGAGGUGCACAUCCGUAGCGUUCGUUCUGCCGGUGGCAAACAACGCAACCCCAACCGCUCCAAGGCCCAAAAGAGCCCGGCAGCCAUGAAAGCAGCCAACUACGCAGAAACCAGCAUCAUUGACCAGAAACAGGCCUGCAAGAAGCACGAGCUGUACGUUAGCUUUAGAGACCUCGGCUGGCAGGAUUGGAUUAUUGCACCGGAGGGCUACGCUGCGUACUACUGCGAGGGCGAAUGCGCAUUCCCACUCAACUCGUACAUGAAUGCCACCAAUCAUGCCAUUGUGCAGACGCUGGUUCACUUCAUUAACCCCAAAACGGUGCCGAAGCCCUGCUGCACUCCCACCCAGCUCCACGCCAUCUCCGUCCUCUACUUUGACGACAGCUCUAACGUCAUCCUCAAGAGGUACCGCAACAUGGUGGUCAGGGCCUGCGGCUGCCAUUGACACCAUCCAUGCCACCCAUAAGUGUAUGUCACCAUUCCCAAGAUGCAGUGGGGCCUGUGGACAAGCUGGAGAACCAACAUCAUUUCAGUGGGGCUGAUGCCACCCACUCAUAUUGACAACCUACCAUCCACACUCCAUGGAUAGACAGGCGGGUUUUUGGUCCUGCCUACACACUUUCACCUGGAUUACAUGUACCUCCCCUCUACCUGCUGUACAGGCAAAGUGGACCAGCCCUCUCUGUGCAACCUUGGCUGUUUGGGAAGGCUAACAGUAAUCCCUCCCAUACAGACUGUGCACAAUCAUACAGUUCAAUCUACGGACUUAAGUUAUCUGCCAUGUUAUCUGCCUACCAGGGAGAGACUGUGCUGAUGAAUUCAGAAGGGACUAUAUCAGUCUACUAAGGAGGGAGCCAGCUAUUUCUAAUGAGGGAUCCUACUAAUCUCCCUGGGAAGGACCCUAUAUAUCCUCUAGGAAUUGACUGUAUAAAUGGUUUGGUACAGAUGCUUUUGAUCACAUCUGUAGCAUUGCCAUGACUGGGUAAUAUGUCCCAUGGUCCAUGCUCUUCCACAUACAUAUUUUUCUGCUGACAUCCUUCUAGUUACAUUUUGCUGUUAGGAUUUGGAUAGGUUAAAUGUAAACCGGUAUGCAUUCAGGCAUCUCACACACAGGCACUGUAAUCUCACAGAUUCAAAGGUGUCUUUUUCCUCCCCUUUUCAAUAUAAAAUCGUGUGAGAAUUGAUGUAAAGUCACAGUUGCACAGUGGUGUCCCUCUGUCACGCAUGCUUGCCACUAUUCCCGGGGUAGCCAAAUCUUCUGCACAGGACAAUGAGGAGAGCUGUUAGCCUCCUUGGUGCUUUUUUAUCACAGUCAGUUUCUCCUGCCUUUGAGUUUUUCCCUCAGUGCAUUAAUGUUGGUCUCACAUUUACAGACAAACCCUCCUGCUCGAGGGUGAAUUGUUCUCAGGACUCAAAGGAUGAUUUGGGAACCAGUGCUUAUUUUGUUCUGACUUCAGCACAUUCUUCCUCCCACUGUGCAUGUAUGGUCUGACAAACUGAUUGCAAUUUAGUUGAAGUAAAUUAAUUUUAUGUGCUAGUCUUCAGCCCAGUCUAUACCAGAGCAUACCAGAAAUAUGACAUGAUUUCUGUUUGUAGUAAUGUUGGAGAAAUAUCAGUGUCCAAUUAGAGUAUGUGGUACGUCACCAGCCCCGUAACACCUGUAUUUCUGUAUAUACAUGUAUACUGUGCAUAUAAUAUAUAUUCAUUUGGAAGUAAUUACCUUCAGCAUUAUUUUUCAUGAAAUGAGAGAGUUAUUUAGACAGACAUCCCCACAGAAAUAAACUUAAAGAAAUAGAUAUAAUUCCUGAGAAAGGGGUAGAAUUAAGGAAUAGGGAGGUGGGGUGGGAGCGGGUGUGUUGAUUAAUUGGUGGAGGUGGAGGGAAAUGUGCGCUUUCUGCAUUUGUGCAUGUUGAAUGGACUUUCCCGACAUAGGGGCGACAUAGCUCAGGAGGUAAGAGCAGUUGUCCGGCAGUCGGAGGGUUGCCGGUUCGAUCCCCGCCCUGGGCGUGUCGAAGUGUCCCUGAGCAAGACACCUAACCCCUAACUGCUCUGGUGAAUGAGAGGCAUUAAUUGUAAAGCGCUUUGGAUAAAGGUGCUAUAUAAAUGCAGUCCAUUUACCAUUCCCCCGUUUCCCUUUAAAUCCCUCUUUUAUUGUAAAGAAGCCAUGUUAUUUUAUAGAAGUAUAUUUUUUGAAAAGAUUUGAGAAGGAGAAGUUACAAACCAUGCUCUAACCUUUUUUUUUUUUAUAUACUUUUUGUUUGAUAAAAAUAAAUAAAACCCUGUUUUGGAUACUACAGGUAACUGCUACUCAGCUAGCAGCUUACUCGGAUAACAGGCAGCCAACAGCAUAUAGCAAACUCUUAAUUGUUGUCUGUUCAUAAGACCAGUCCAUAUCCUCUAUCGUGCCAGGGCCUACUGCCAAAUAGGUUUCUGAGAGCAAAGCAAAGUUGCGCACAGGUCCAUCCAGAAUAUUCUCAAAACAAGUCAAUCUCCUCCAGAGUUUUCCACAAAGGUACUUCACACAUUACUUUAUUUAUUUCAGGUGUAUAUAAUCUGGCUUCUUUGGCUACCAGGAGAGGGCCUUAACUCCACCUGCUGGAGCUAUCUUGCACUCACAUUUUGCCAAUAUGGGUGCCUUUUAGGUGCACUGACAGGUUUGGCGAUUGCAGAGGAGAACCUGUACAGAAGGAUUUAUGUUUCUAAUGUGUGCUAAAUAUAAUGGCUAAACAUUCAGGCCAGCUUCCAUUGCCAAACAUGAUUUAAGGAGACAAGAAGCCUACAGAUGGACAUGGUUUCCUGAGCCACAGGGGGAGCAAUCACUCAGCGUUCACUGCUUUUGAUGUGUGUCCAGGUUAGCAGGUGGGAGGGGGGGGGGUUGGUGGUUGAAGGAAGAAGGUUGAAUGUCAGAGUAGACACAAAAGCUUAGAAAUAGCCAGGCUGGAAAGCACCAGAGGUGGGUAGCUUCACAGUGCGGAUUCUCAGUAUCACUGUUGUGCUCUCUCAUGCACUUCACAACCCCUGAAAUGUGGAACACGUAGCACUGUGCACACCUUUUACCUGUUUUCAAAGUGCCUCGCCCUGACAGACUGAAGACUCACUUUAAUCUAGGCCACUUACCCCCACAUUUGCAUACACCCUGACAAAUGCCCUGAACUCCCAUAUGCCCAUACACCCCGAAUCCCCUCGUUCUGCAUUGGGAACAAGGUACUUAGCCUUAGCUAGCUAUUAAUUCUUACUACAAUAGACACAGGCACAUUCUGUUAAAGUACUAUAUCAUUCACUGCGCUGACAGCCACAUUAACCCCUGGCCUUAUGGGAGGGUUCUUCAGGUUUACUUUGGAAACUUUAAGCAGGGCUCCGACUCUACUCAUGAGUGAUCCAAGACUGCAUUUGUUCUGACGCAUGCAGAGAGAGAGAGAGGGCAGACUCCAGCGUGGAUGUUGAAAAAGGGAGGUCACAGAAGGUGUCCAGACUGGUGCUAUCAUGCACACAUGCACCCACACGCAAACACAUGCAUGCACACAUACACACGCACACAAACACACACUUAGCAUACUUCUUCUUCUCUUACUUAUCUCAUUUAUUUUUCUCAGUUUUGAGAACAGAAGCCAAUCAGUCAGGACAGAAUCAUGAUGUGCACUGAAAUAAAUAAAUGGGACAUCAGUAGUUGAGCACUGUACCUUUGGCCAGGGGCACAUGCAGACUGGGGUGUUCCCAAAGCGAGGAGAUUAAAGAGAUUACAUUUGACAUCUGCACACAAGACAGUCUUUAUAGUUAACUGUCAUAUGUCCAAAAUUUAUUAGGAUGUGACUCAUUGUGCAGUUACAUCCAUUUAUUAUUACUAAAAUUGAGGUGGCCAGACACUUCUGUACCUAAUGCUCUGACUCAGAACAGAAGCACCUUGGUCUAACCUCUCUGUCCAGCAGGUGGAGCUCCAGAAAUCUAAUGAGGAGCAUCCAGGGGCCAGUGAUGGAGGCACGGAUCACCAGGGCUGGUGAGGACUCACUGAUCACUCUGUGUCAGGAUCAGCAGUGUAACACUACCAGGCUCUCAUUGAAUCCAGUCCCACACUGAGAAAUAAACAGGCAGACCAACUGACAGACUGACAGAUACUCAGACCGUCAGACUGACUGACAAACAGACAGACAGACAGGGAGGCAGGCGGGCAGACAGGCAGACCAACCGACAGACACACAGACCGUCAGAGACAGACAGACAGACAGACAAAAGAGCUGUCACUGUGAUAUCACUUUGAAUCGUUUUUUUCUGCAUGUGUAUGUGCACAGGAUACCCCCAUGUACAAAAUAUAUUUUACAGUACUGAGACAACAGACUGCUUAUUUGGAAAACUGCCGUGCCACUGAGCGUCACCUAACCAGUAACCGAAUCUCCCCUGCUCGCUUCCUGUGUGUGUGUGUGCCUUCAUAAUGGCGCUGACAUCUCCUGUCAGCACUCUUUCUCACUGUUCGGUCUAAGUUUUUCAGCAGAAAUAUAUCCAGAGCUGCUCUGUGAAGUUUGAUAUUUGUGUGAAUUUUUAUUUUUAUUUUUAGUAUGAUUUAAAAAACGUGGAAAAUAAGCAUGAAACCUAAGGAUUUAUACAGCACAUUAUGGCCUAAUUGCUGCUUUUUUAAUGAAAGACUCUUCCUUUUCUGACAUAAUGGAUGGGGGAAAUUAUUCUAUUUUUAUUGUACCAUGUAAUUUUUAAUUGUGCAACAUCUUAUAUUCAGCAGAUGUUUUGCUGGCAAGUUGGUUGGCUAUUUACUGCGUGUGUUUGAUAGAUUUCACCCUCCUUUUGCCAACAGACCUGUGUGGCUUUGGCUAUGUCAAAGAAUACACUGAAAGGGCCAUUUCAUUGAAUGCCAUUGAUUCUUGUUCACUUAAUCUUUUACUUGUGGAUAAACUAAUGUAUCACA